AUGAAAAUCUCUCCAAAGAAUCCUCACUUUUUUAAACCCAUCUUGCCUGGUUUCAAACAAGGAAUUAAAAUUCCUAAAGGUUUCUUGAAAUAUGUGAAGAAAUAUGAUCAGUAUGAACAUGCAAUACUGAGAAGGGCAGAUAAAAAAUGGCGAGUAAAAGUAAACGGCCGACGAUUAGAAGAUGGUUGGGAGAAAUUUGCAGAGCAACAUGAUUUGCAUUUGAGAGAUAUCUUGGUGUUCAGACAUGAAGGAGAUAUGGAAUUUGAAAUUUCCAUAUUUGAUUUAAAUCAACAAUGUGAGAGAGAAUACAAAUACGAAUACGAAUCCAAAGACAAGCCAAACCACAACAUCAAGUCAUCAAGAAAAGCAUCUCAUUUUGUAUGCAUUGUUAGACCCUAUUGCCUCUCAAGGGAUGCCUUGUUAGUCCCUAAAGAAUUUGCAUCGCGAAAUGGUCUCUUCAACACCAAGAAACGUGAUUUGCUUGUCAGAGAUGAAAGACAGAGGUCAUGGAAUGUAAUACUACGUUCAUAUGGUGAUAAAACUGCAUAUCUUGUAGAUGGAUGGAAUAAAAUUCGCGAUGCAAAUUGCUUAAAGGAGGGAGAUUGCAUAAUGUUUGAGGUUGUUACGAGUGGAAACAAACCAAUAUGGAAAUUCAAGAGGAUGACUGAACAAUAA